CCUCGUGGGUAAGGACCGGGAAGUGGAUUGCUGAAAGUCAGCAGCGCAGAAGACCCGUUUGCUGUCUUUGCUUCCGGACCUCAACCGAAGGAGUCGCGUGUGCAGACCUGGGUGUCACGGGGACGCGAAAACUCCGCGGAACCGCAGUCUCCACGGGGCGGCCAGGGAAAGUCAGCAGUCAGCAGCGCAGUGGCGGGAACCGCAGCCCAGCGGCCUUGGAACCUCCAGGGCUUGCUGGUUACCCAGACCUGCUCACCUCUGCAGCAGAACAAGGAGACCUGGAAGGAGACAGGAGACAGUAGCUAAGGAUCCAGGGCAGUAAGCCAUUUAUUCAUUGUUCCUGAAAGAAAAACUCAAAGAAGAGAAACAGAAAGAAAUGGCUGAUUCUCCAAUAAACGUGCCCCAGGGUCUGUUUACAUUCCAGGGUGUGAAUAUGAACAUCUCCCAGGAGCAAAAGGAAUGCCUGGACUCUGCUCAGAGGAAUUUGUACAUUAAUGUGAUGUUGGAGAAUUACAACAACCUGGUCUCUGUGGAGAACUAUGGCAUAUGUAAUGCUGUCCCCCAGAAUGUGAAGACUGAUAAGGAGUCUCGUCAGUGUAAUAAGCUUGGCAAAGUGCUUCAUGACCCCUCCACAUGUGAACUUUAUAGAACAAGUGAAACUACAGAAAAUUCUAAUAACUAUAGAUGCUGUAAUAACAGGGAUGCCUCUGUUGACUCAUCAAACCCAGAUAGACAUGACAGCAUGCACACUGGAGAAGAACCUUGCAAAUCUAGAGACUGUGAAAAUUCUUUAAAUUUGUGUUCCAGCAUUACUCCAAAUCAGAGAGUCUACACUGCAAAGAAAGAAAACAGGCAGGGAGAAUAUGAUAACUCUUUCAGCUCUGCUUACAGUCCUAUGCAGCAAACAAUCUAUAUUAGAGAGAAACCAUUCCUGUGUGAGGAAUGUGGGAAAUGCUUCAUUACUGCCUCAAACCUCAGCGUACAUCGGAGAGUUCAUACUGGAAAGAAACCCUAUAAGUGUGAUGUUUGUGAAAAAUCUUUUUCCCAACGCUCACACUUUAAAAUUCAUCAAAGACUUCAUACUGGGGAGAAACCCUACAAAUGCAAUGAAUGUGGAAAGUCGUUUCGUCAGUCCACAGGACUUAAUAAUCACCAGAAAUUGCAUACUGGAGAGAAAACUUACAAAUGCAAAGAAUAUGGAAAGUCAAGACUUAAAGGGUAUUACAGAAUCCACACUGGAGAGAAUCCUUAUAAGUGUGAGGUCUCACUGAUCACCCAGACCUGGUCACCCAUGGAGCAGAGCAAAAAACCCUGGAAAAUGGAGAGGGAGGAGACAGUGGCUAAGGAUCCCGGUUUUGUGACAGAAGUUGGGGUUCAGCCUGAAGGGCAGCAAGCCAUCUAUUCAGCAAGCCAUCUAUUGUUUUUGAAAGAGAAACUCAAAGAGGAGAAACAAGAAGUGGCUGAUUCUCCAGGACAUGUGUUCCAGAAUCUGUUGACAUUCUGCGAUGUAGCUGUCAACUUCUCCCAGGAGGAGUGGGAAUGUCUAGACUCUGCUCAGAGGGCUUUGUAUGUUGAUGUGAUGUUGGAGAAUUAUAACAACCUGAUCUCUGUGGAGAACUAUUGGAUAUGUGAUCCUGUCUAUCAACAUGUGAAUAAUGAAAAGGAUUCUUGUCAGUGUUGUAAUGACCUUGUCAAAAUGCUUCAUGACCACUCCAAGUAUGCACUUUAUAGAACAAGAGAAGCUCCAGAAAACUCUAAUAUCUACAGAUACAGCAAUUUCAGGGAUGCCUCUAUGAACCCAUCAAACCUAGAUAGACAUAAAAGCAUGCACAGAGAAGAAGAACCUUAUAAAUCUAAAGACUGUGAGGAGUCUUUAAAUUUAUGUUCCAACAUUUCUCAAGAGGAGAGACUGUACACUGAAAAGAGAGAAAACAGACAGGGAGAAUGUUGUGACAAUUUCAACUUGGCAUACAAUCUUUUUCCCCAAACAAUCUACAUAGGGAAAAAACUACACCAGUGUGGGCAGUGUGGUAAAUUCUUCAGUUCCCCUGCAAACCUUGUUAUACAUGAGAGAAUUCAUACUGGAGAGAAACCCUACAAGUGCAAUGAUUGUGGCAAAUCCUUUACCAAUUGCUCAAGUCUUGAAAGACAUCAGAGAGUUCAUACUGGAGAAAAGCCUUACAAAUGUGAGGUAUGCGACAAAUCCUUUAAUGUGAUCUCAAAUCUUAGAAUGCAUCAGAAAACUCAUACUGGGGAGAAACCAUACAAAUGUAGAGAAUGUGACAAAUCCUUUACCCAGAGUUCACAUCUUAAAAGACAUCAGAGAGUUCAUACUGGAGAGAAACCUUACAGAUGCAAGGAAUGUGACAAAUCUUUUUCUAAGAGCUCAACUCUUCAAGCACAUCAGAAAAUUCAUACUAGACAGAAAACCUACAGAUGCAAAACCUGUGACAUAUCCUUUACCCGGUGUUCAAAUCUGAAAAUACAUCAAAGAAUUCAUCCUAAAGAGCGAACUUACUUUUGUAAGGAAUGUGGCAAAUAUUUUACUAGCAGCUCAUAUCUUAAAGUACAUCAGAAAAUUCACACUGGAGAGAAAUCUUACAAAUGCAAAUACUGUGACAAGACUUUCACCCAGAGUUCAAAUCUUAGAACACAUUACAGAGUUCAUGCUCGGGAGAGAAAGCAUGUGGAAGGAAUGUGAGGUUUGUUUUACUGUGUUCAACUCUUAGAGCACAUCAGAAGAUUCAUACUAAAGAGAAAAAUACUGUUGUUAAUAAGAUGACAUAGCAUUUAUAUGGUAUUACAAAUUACAACAGUAUACAUGAUAAAUAAAGAUAAGAAAAUAGUAAAAGCCUUCAAAGACUCUUAAAUUCUUAGGAAAAUAUUAAAGAGUUUAUAUUAAAUUAUAAUCCUACAAUUCUAUGUGAAAAGCUUCUAAAAACGCCUAGGUAUUGUUACUGCCUGUAUGUCUGUACCUUGUAUGUAUGCUCCUGCCUGUGGAGGCCAAAAGAGGGUAUCAGAUCCACUGAAGGUAGAAUUUGAGGAUGUGUGUGUUAUCAACUGAAGCUUAUUUCCCUGGAAGGGUACCCAGUGCUCUUAACCAUUAAACCAUCUCUCCAACCACCUGGAAGAAGCUAUAAUUAUAACAUUUAACUUGCUUGAUAUCCUAAAUUUCAUGAUCCCAUUCAUGGUUUUGGUUUGAAAGAAAAUGGCAUCAAAGGGAGUAGCACAGUUAGGAGAUGUAGCUUUGUUGGAGUAGCAUUGGUCUUAUUGGGUCUCAUUAUGCUCAAGGCAUCACCCAGUGUCUGAGUCUACUUCCUGUUGCCUUUGGAUUAAGAAGUAAGGACUCUAAACUCUAGUACUUUGUCAGCCUUCAUUUUGCCCUCCUACCAUGAAGAUAAUGGACUGACUCUUGAAUUAUAAGUGAGCCAUCACUUUUAAAUGUUUUCUUUUGUAAAAGUUGCCAUUUUCAUGGGCUCUCUUAACAGCAAUAGGAACUCUAACUUGAGCAUUAGAUGUAGAUACCAGGAACAGAGGUAUUGCAGUGAUAGGCCUGACCAUGUUUCUUUGAAGGAGUAUUAACUUUAGGAUUAUGGAUUUAAAAGUAGUUACCUGCUUUAAGUGCUGAUUAAUGGGACACCCUAGUAGGAGCAUGGAAGACAGUGAUACUGAGGGAUUUUAACUAUGGGUACCUGGAUUGAUUAGAAAAGUAUUUCCACACUUUCUUCCCUGUGUUUUGGAAUGGUAAUGAGUAUUGAGUAUCCUGUGCCAUUAUACGUGAUCUUUUUUUUUUUCCAAUGAAUGUGAUUACAUGAUAUAGUUACAUGCCCCAGGGGCUAGGGAGUCAAAUUUGGUGGUUUGAAAGAAAAUGUCCCCCGUAGUGAGUGGAAUUUUAAGGAGGUGUGGUUUUGUUGAUGUGGUUGUGGCCUUUUUGGAGGUAAGGGCCACUGGUUAUAGGCUUUGAGUUGUCAUGUGCAAGCCAUGGUCACUGAGACAGUUUAUUUCCUGUUGCCUUUGGUUUGUUACAGAUUAAAGACAGCUGACUUCAUUUUUCUUUUUAAUUAAAAAAUGUUAGAUUUUGAUCACAUACUCAGCUAGAGAUUAACUUAUUUGGGUGGAUUUUCCUCAAGAACAUUUUGAAUUACACAUUAUAAAUUGUUUUCAUUGUUCUGAGAAUUAAUUGACCAUAAGAUGUUUUGUGGUUUGUUAACUCUCUGUCCAUAAACAUGUACCAUUCCCAUGAUCAUAAAAAAACUGCAAAAUUCCACUCUUGAAUCACUUUCUUGCUUGAUAUAAAGAAACUACUCUUGUCUUUAAUCUGGGCUGUUUUCAUUCUCCUGCUUUGGGAGACUGAAAAUAAGACCUGGCCAUUAGUAAAUUUUUGCCUUGCAAUA